AGGCUGGAAUUUGGAUCCUUCCGAGGGGAAACCAAAAGUCUUUUGCCGUACGGUAUUACAGCACUCGCGCGUGAUUUCUGCGCCAUAUUGAGAAGUCAAUUGGCGAGGGCGUGGAAUUUCAACUUUCUUGCAGUGUUUCUUCAAAAAACGAAAUGCAAAAGGUACUGCUAAAUUGGUGAAAAUUGUGCGCCUCUUUCUCAAAUUUCACGCGGAAAACCCAAAAUUCGGUUAAUCUAACGGGUUAACACCUUCCAGAAAUGAGCUUUCUCAAAGAGAUCAUCGAAAACUUUGGCUCGAUUUUCUCCGAUUCGGUACAGUCGCAGCAAAACCCUAGCUCCGCUGGCGAUCCGUCCAUGGAUGGAGACGGCGGCGUUUCGACGGGGAACGAACGGACUGCGUAUAAGCUGAAAGGUUACUUCGAUUUGGCCAAGGAGGAGAUUGCUAAGGCCGUUCGAGCCGAAGAGUGGGGGAUACCUGACGACGCAGUUUUUCAUUACCAGAAUGCACAGAGGAUACUUAGUGAGGCGAUAUCCACUCCGGUUCCUUCUUACAUCUCCUCUAGUGAACUGGAGAAGGUCAAAUCUUAUCGUCUAAAGAUAUCAAACUGGCAGGGUCAAGUAGCAGGGAGAUUACAAGCUUUAGCUCGAAGAACAGGUGGAUCAUCAGAAAUCAAGAGCACCUCGCCUAAGUUGCAAACUGGGGCAAUUUCAUCUACAGCUUCCCCGAGAAAAGUGGCAGUACAAAAGCCUUCUGGCAAUGUCAGAGGUGCUUCUGCUGUAAGGAAUCAGGCUAAUAAUGCAACGACCCGAAGACCUGUACAGGAAUCUGGCAGUGGUUAUGAUGCUAAACUGGUGGAAAUGAUAAAUUCUGUGAUUGUCGACCAUAGCCCUUCAGUUAAAUGGGAAGACAUUGCGGGGCUUGAGAUGGCAAAACAAGCACUGAUGGAAAUGGUCAUCCUGCCAACUAAAAGAAGAGAUCUUUUUACUGGACUCCGGAAGCCAGCCAAGGGUUUACUUCUCUUUGGACCACCUGGCACUGGGAAGACCCUGCUUGCUAAAGCAGUUGCUUCAGAGUCCGAUGCUACUUUUUUUAAUGUUUCUGCUUCUUCCCUGACAUCAAAGUGGGUGGGGGAGGGCGAAAAGCUUGUUCGCACUCUUUUUCAGGUUGCCAUUUCCAGGCAGCCAUCAGUAAUAUUCAUUGAUGAGAUAGAUAGUAUCAUGUCAACAAGAACGGAGAAUGAGAAUGAAGCAAGUAGAAGGCUGAAGUCAGAGUUUCUAGUUCAGUUCGAUGGGGUGACAUCAAGUUCUGGUGAUUUAGUUACUGUCAUUGGUGCAACCAAUAAACCCCAAGAGUUGGACGAUGCAGUUCUUAGAAGAUUGGUUAAGAGAAUAUACAUACCUUUGCCAGAUCGAAAUGCCAGAAGACUUCUUUUGAAACAUAAGCUCAAGGGCCAUGCAUUUGCUUUGCCAGAUAGAGACUUAGAGAGGCUUGUUGCAGAAACAGAUGGAUAUUCUGGAAGUGACCUACAAGCAUUGUGUGAGGAAGCUGCAAUGAUGCCAAUCAGAGAGCUGGGUUCGAACAUUCUAACUGUUCAGGCCAAUCAGGUUAGGGGAUUAAGAUAUGGAGAUUUUCAAAAGGCAAUGACUGUUAUUAGACCUAGCUUACAGAAAAACAAGUGGGAAGAGCUCGAAAGGUGGAAUCGUGAGUUCGGCUCUAACUAGUUUAACAUCGGCCAAAGUUUCUCUUUCAUUCACAACAUCAUUUGAGGUAUAUGGCUUGAGAAAAUAUAAUUAUUGAUAAGGUAAACUACAACGAUCUCCCUUAAGUUUUGGCGUAAUUACGAAUAUCCCUUGUUAUUUGAAAAUUUAUUAUUACUCUCCUGAUUUGAUGAAAUUAAUUAAUCAUUUGAUGGAGUUAUAAAAUUGUCAACUUUGCUCUUAUUGUAUUUUUUUUUUUG